GGAUUGGCCAAAGACGGUGUUUGUCUUGUUUGAGGGCACGUGGCAGUGGGUUCGAUGCCCUAUGGGUUAUGCAAUGCGCCGACAACUUUUCAGCGGGCAACGAAUGUCACUUUCCAGAACUUCGUAAACAAGACCAGGCUAACUCAGGGCAUGAUCAACUUUUGCGUUAUCGUGUACGUGAACGAUAUUUUGGUGUAUUCAGAAUCAUUCCAUGGACACGCGCAGCAUAUUGAAUGGACACUUGGCGCGCUGCGUGACGCCGGUUUCAAGAUUGCGUUGGAGAAAAGCGAAUUCUUCCUGUCUGAGAUCUCGUUCCUGGGCUACGUGGUAACCCGAGGAGGCUUGAGACCGGAUUCGAGGAAGGUCAAGGCUGUUCGAGAAGCACCCACGCCCACUUCAUUGACGCAGGUUCGAGCCUUCCUGGAACUGGCCUCGUAUUACCGACGGUUUAUCAAGGGCUUUGCGGCAAUCGCUCGACCCCUGAUGAACCUCCUGCGGAAGGACCAGCCGCUGAGCUGGGACGCGGAGUUCUCCCCUCUGCUUAGUGAGGACGUCGAGUUGCCACUCAUCCAAGCUUGGAAGACGGACACAGCGGGGGAUUUUCUAGGAUUCGUCUUCGGAUCAGUUGAGCAGGGCCAUCGGCGGACGAUCGUAAGCGAGUUGUUGAUCCUCCAGACCGAGCUGCUAGACGACCUUCCGCUGGAUGUCAUCUCGCACUCCGACAAGAGUCCAGUACCGCACAUCCUCUCGCGCAGCUUGGUACCGUAUCUGCAAUGGUCAGCAUGCCUGGAAGGCGAUGAUGAUAACGCUUGUUACCCAUCGCACAGCUACCUGGAUCCCUUGACCAUUGCGGACGCUCUCUUCAACCCGGUGAGCGGAGGAGAAGAGGAAGAGGAGGAGGAAGAGGAAGAAGACGAGGAAGAGACCUCCGAAGAGGACGAGGAUUAUAGUGAGCAUAGCGAGCAUGAGGCGGGGGUGGUGAGCGAAGAAGAAGAAGAAGAAGAGCGGGAGGAGGCCGAAGAAGAAGCGGCCGGAGAAGAGGUAGCGGAUGAGGCGGAAGCCCAGGAAGAGGAUCUGGAGGCAGAACGGCGCAGGGCGACCAUUGCGGAAGGAAAGUGACCAUUGGAGUAGUCGGUGGGAAUUGAUCUGCCUGUUCCAGACGACCCGACUAAAGAUCCCGAGCCGCCAGCCAAGGAAG